AUGAGGGCCCUGUGGCUGUGCUGGGCGCUGUGGGCCCUGCCCCUGGCCCGCCCCGGGGCGGCCGUGACCGAGGAGCAGAUCCUGGGCAGCCUGCUGCAGCAGCUGCGGCUGCGCGAGGUGCCCGCGCCGGACCGGAGGGACGCGGAGCGGCCGGUGCCCCCUGCCCACGUGCGGGCCCAGUACGUGGCCCUGCUGCAGCGCAGCCACGGCGUCCCCUCCCGCGGGAAGCGGUUCAGCCAGAACUUCCGAGAGGUGGCCGGCAGGUUCCUGGUGUCCGAGGCCUCCACGCACCUGCUGGUGUUCGGCAUGGAGCGGCGGCUGCCCCCCAACAGCGAGCUGGUGCAGGCCGUGCUGCGCCUCUUCCGGGAGCCGGUCCCCAAGGCCGCGCUCCGCAGGCACGAGCGGCUGUCCCCUCGCAGCGACCUGGCCCGGGUCACCGUCGAGUGGCUGUACGUGCGGGCCGACGGCUCCAACCGCACCGCCCUCAUCGACUCCAGGCUGGUGUCCGUCCACGAGAGCGGCUGGAAGGCCUUCGACGUGACCGAGGCCGUGACCUUCUGGCAGCAGCUGAGCCGGCCCCGGGAGCCCCUGCUGCUGCAGGUGUCGGUGCAGCCGGAGCACCUGGGCCCGCUGGCCUCCAGCGCCCACAGGCUGGUGCGCUUUGCCCCCCGGGGGCCUCCGGACGGCGCGCAGGGCGAGCCCCAGCUGGAGCUGCACACCCUGGACCUCGGGCUCUUCGGAGCUCAGGGCAACUGUGACCCCGAGGCACCCGUGACCGAGGGCACCCGCUGCUGCCGCCAGGAGACGUACAUUGACCUGCAGGGGAUGAAGUGGGCGGAGAACUGGGUGCUGGAGCCCCCGGGCUUCCUGGCCUAUGAGUGUGUGGGCACCUGCCAGCAGCCCCCGGAGACCCUGACCGCCAAGUGGCCGUUCCUGGGGCCGAGGCAGUGCAUCGCCUCGGAGACGACCUCGCUGCCCGUGAUCGUGAGCGUCCCGGAGGGCGGCAGGCCCCGCGCCCAGGUGGUCAGCCUGCCCAACAUGCGGGUGCAGAAGUGCAGCUGCGCCUCGGACGGGGCGCCCGUGCCGAGGAGGCUGGAGCCGUAGGCGCUGGGCACGGCCACUGAGGCCUCUGACUCAACACGUGCACCCAAGCAGGUGUUGAUGUAGGUUUUAGUUUUCUACUUAGCAAGUCACCCCUGCCCCAAAGAGGGCCCCUAUUUUACCUUUCCGCGUGUUCUUCCGGUCCUUGUCCUCCUGUCCGUCCCCUAAGCACUUACAUGAGUAACUACUGCCACUUGUCGUUGCUGAGCAGGAGAUC